AUGGACGUUCCUGCUUCUGGCUCGGGAUCGGGCUCAGAGGAGCGCGUCUUCAACUUUGGCGUGUACAAGUACACCAAGCUCAAGUCUGCUCAGCGUCGCAUUCUGCAGAUCGAUUUCCAGUCGCGCGUCCUGUGCAACAUUAAGCGAGGAAACCGCGACAAACGGUUUGAAUUCAACCAAAUCGAAAGCUGCGAAUGCGAAGAUGGCCUCCGAUUCACCAUCAACUUUGUCAACCACGAGCCGUCAGAGUACGACGCGGACUCGAUCGAGGAGAAGAUUCGCAUCUCGCGACUCAUCAACUACAUUGUCACCAAGACCAAGCAGUCGGAGCAAACAUCGCAGGGCGUCGACCUGGCGUCCCAGUCGUUUGCUGUGGACGGCGAGGACGGCGAGGAGGGCCCGUCCAGCUCCCAAGGGGUCGAGGUCAACUACUCGACGGCCGAUCUCAUGAACCAAGCUCGCAACGUCAUUAUGGAGGGCGAGGUGGAAAAGCGUGGCCACUCGGCCUCGAUGAUGUUCUGGGCCCGGCGUUGGCUCAAAAUCAGCGAGGGCGAAGUCGCCUACUUUAAAAUGGACGAUCGCGAGAACGCGCUCAACAUUGUCCCGCUGGACUUGCGCUCGGUCACCUUUUCGCGCUUGCCCAACGGCUUUGUCAUCCACACCAGCAAGAAGCAGUUUAGCUUCCGCGUGCUCAAUCUCACCGACAAGCCGAUCGCGGCGGUCGAGCAAGAGCGCGACGCGUGGUACGCCGCCUUGCUCAGGGCAUCGUCCGUGACGGCAGGUGCCUCCGAGUUUUCGGGCAGCAUUGCCUCGCAGCUUGCCGGUCUCACCAUGACCAUGCAGCAGCAAUUGAACGACCUCCGCUCGCAAUUGUCCUCCCGCAAGGACGAGGUCUCGCUCGGAAAGCUCGAGAAUGUGUUUGCACUGACAGACAAGCUCAAUGACUUUAUCCACUCGACAUCCAACGCGAGAGGCGGCAAAAACACUUCCGCUUCUGGCGGCGGCUCUGGUGCGUUGUCGUCGGGAGGCGGUCUCAGUUCGGCUUUGGGGUCGGCCAUGGGGCGCCUUGGGCGUGGCAACCAAGGGAGCAGCAACGCACCUGGAGGAGACAGCAUGCACGGUGGUAGCAAGAGUGGGUUUGGGGACUCGAGCAACAACGACGGUGGUUUUGGCGGAUUUGGUGGACCGCCGCCGCCGCCACCUGGCAUGAUGGGUGGUGGCGAUGGCGACUUUGGCGACUUUGGUGGCCCUCCUCCUCCGCCCCCGCCCAUGGGCGGGUUUGGUGGUGCACCACCGCCGCCGCCACCGCCUGGUAUGGGUGGCAACAAUGCCGGACUGCCACCCAAGCGCGUCAUCAAGCCGUCGACCAAGAUGCGGCCGUUGCACUGGACCAAGGUUCCGCCCAUGAAGAUUGCCACAACCGUGUGGGAGGGUGUGAACGAGGAGGCGCUCAAGUUUGACGAGAUGGCGCUUGAAGAGACGUUCGGCCUGGACGCCAAGGCCGACACCAAGCUCAAGCGCAAAGACCGCCCCGAGGUCAAAACGCUGCUCGAUGGCAAGCGUGGCCAAAACAUUGGCAUCUUCCUCAGUGGCUACAAGGGUUCCUUGUCAGAGUUGCCAAAGAUGCUGUGCAUGAUCACGGACGGUCUGCCGCUCGAACAUGUUAUAGCCUUCAAGCGCUUUGCGCCGACUCCGGAGGAAAUUGAGGCGUACAAAAACUACAAGGAUAACAAGGCCGAACUGGCUCCUGCGGAUCAGUUUUUGAUGCAGCUGAUUGAGAUUCCCAACCUGAAUGCUCGUUUGGACUUGCUCUUUACGCUGCGCGAGUUUCCCGACCGCCUCGCCGAUGUGGAGCCCGAAAUCCAAAUGACGCUGGCCGCAUGCAAGGACUUGCUGGCCAGCAAGGAGUUUGAGGAGGUGUUGCAGUACUUGCUCGCCAUGGGCAACUAUCUGAACGGCUCCACUCCGCGCGGUGGCGCCUACGGUUUCAAGCUCAACACCCUGAUGAAAAUCAACGAGGUCCACGGCGCCGAUCGCAAGUACACUCUUGUUGAUUUCCUGCUCGAGACGCUCCAAAAGCAGAAUCCCGCGUUGGUCGAAUUUACCAAGAAUUUGGCCAGUGUGCAACUCGCUGCUCAACUCUCCGUCAAGGGCAUCUCUGCGGAAGGCGAGCUGCUCAAGAAAGAUCUCGAGAAGAUUCGCCGCAAUGCGGAUGCCCUCAAGAUUACAGAUACCUCCACUGCAUUUGAGCGCAAGUUCCAGACGGAUUUGCUUAGCUUCCUCGAAUUCCAUGAAACCAAGCUCGAGACUCUUUCAGCAGAAUGCGUUCAGAUGAACCGCCUGUUUAAAGAAGUGCUGGUCAAGUUCGGAGAGACCAACACGACGGACAGCGAAGAGGUCUUUAGCACCAUCAACUACUUUGCAACGCGCUUUACCACUGCGCUCGAGGCUCGAACUGGGCGCGAUCUGGCUGCCGAAAAGGCCAAAAACCGCGCUUCCAUCAUGCCGACGCAAGCACAGUCACCUCAGUCGACCAAGGAACGCGAAACUCCAGAAUGGGCCCGAAAUUCAUCGCAGCGAAGUUCGGCAGCCACAGACUCCUCGCAGUCGACCAUUCCGUCAAGCAACCGUAACAGUAUUCUGAAUCAGAACAACCCGAACAACAACCCUGCCUCGACCAGCACGGCAGCACCCGCCUCGCCAUUCGCUGCCAACACGUUCAAGAAGCGUGAUCGACCGAUGAUGGGCUACCUGGAAAAGCUAUCGGGUGGCAAGCACAUUCGUCCAAAGUGGGAUCGCCGCUGGUUUGAGCUGCAGGACGGCUACAUGCACUAUUUCAAGAAGCGUGACGGCAAGGCGGUCGGUAGCGUCCACGUCAAGGGUUGUCCGCUCAGCAUCGAUCCCAAAAACGGCAAGAUGCUUUUCAUAGAAACGCCAGAGCGCCAAUGGCAGCUCCGCGCAGACACUGAAGCUGACGCCCGCGACUGGUACGAAGCUCUUGGUGCCAACGUCUAACAGAGUGCGCUGUGCACGAUGUUGCGCUGGUGUGUAUUUCUGCGUUGUGUUGUGCUGUGCUGUUCUUCUUGUGUGAAUCAUCCUCCCCUUUUCUUCUUGUGAAUCUACCUUUGUAUUGCAACCGAAUUCGUUCAAUCCAGCUGGAGAUCAACACCCGAUUCCAGUAUUCUCAGACAAAGCCCUUGCUUGAGUUUGUUCAAAACUCUGUGUGCA